GUGUUGAUGGGCCUCUCUGUCUUGGCUUCCUGGGUCAAAUACGACUUCACAAUGCUGGCGAUCUUCGUCGUCUUCAGAAUGGCCGUCCCCCAGCUGAUCUUCAUCCCGAUAGUCAUUUGGUCAAACGCGAUGAUCAACAUGAAGUACAUUACCCUGUGGGCCGUCCUCUUCGUCUUCUGCCUGCUGAUCGAUAUGCAGCGCAUCAAAGGAUGGAAACAUAGAUCCGCCCUUCCCCCGGAUGAGUUGCUCGUGGCCUUCCACUUGCACCUCGACCUCAUCCACGUCUCUAUGUACAUCCUCGCAAUCCUUGACGGAACAAUGAUUAUAGGAUGAUGGUAGAUGGAAGGAAGAGAAAGGUGGGGGGGGGGAGGGCAAUGAGGAAGGGGUUAGUGACUCUCUAGGAAGGGUUGGAUUGUCGAAAGGUGUUUUCUUUAAUGAAUUGCUGUGCGUUAUUUUGAUUUAAGGAUGUUAUUUAUGAGGGACAUCCUUUGAAGGAAAAAAGGAAGGAACAGGCUAAGGCGGAAGUCAACCAUUUAAUUCAUGACGAGAGAGAGUUCAUGGAAAAGGAAUCAAACAUUUGAUUUAUUUUGAAUGCGAGGAUUUAUGGGAAAGGAGUGGCAAUGGAAUGGGAUUGUAUGUUGAUAGUGCAAUGGCAAUGUUUAUUUAUUAUUUUUUUCCUUUUGUGUGUAAACAAGGAAAAUGGACACAUGGAUAUUAAUGAUGAAUCCAUACAUGAUUAUCUGUUUGUUUCAACACUAUACUUUAUUUAUGUACACAUGCGUACCUUUAUCGACUAUUUUACUUGUAUGUCUAAGAUUUAGUCUUCAGCAUAAAUGUGUGAUGUACUCGGCAAUAAAACCAU